AUGGUGAACGUCUUCGCUGUUCCCGUGUUUUUCAUCUGCUUCCGAGAAUGCUUAGAGACGAGCAUCAUCGUCUCCGUGUUGCUGGCUUUCCUGAAGCAGACCUUGGGUCCUGAGCGAGAUCCUGUAAUCUAUAAGAAGCUCGUGCGACAGGUUUGGCUCGGUGUGGUCGCUGGUCUAGCAGUGUGCAUCAUUAUAGGCGCAGGCAUGAUAGGCGCGUUCUACGGAAUCGGCACGGAUACCUUCGCGAAGACUGAGGCCAUCUGGGAAGGCGUUUUCGGACUUGUCGCGUCCAUCAUCAUCUCGAUUAUGGGCGCUGCCCUCCUAAGGAUUUCGAAACUGCAAGACAAAUGGCGUGUGAAGAUUGCCCAGGCGAUAGAGUCCAAAGAUAAGGUCGAAGGAGUUGCCGGCAGUCGCUUCUCGCGGUGGGCCAAGAAGUACGCCAUGUUCCUGCUGCCAUUCAUUACCGUCUUGCGCGAGGGACUCGAAGCUGUCGUCUUUAUCGGCGGUGUCGGCCUUGGACUGCCGGCAAGCUCGUUCCCACUGGCGGUCCUUUGCGGCUUGGGUGCAGGUGCUCUGAUCGGCUACCUGAUCUACAAAGGAGGAAACGCCGCGUCACUCCAGAUCUUCUUGAUCAUCUCGACAUGCUUCCUGUACCUUGUAGCUGCCGGUCUGUUUUCGAAAGCUGUGUGGUUUUUCGAGGCUAAUGCUUGGAACAAGAUUGUCGGUGGUGAUGCUGCUGAGGUUGGGGCCGGUGCUGGCUCUUAUGAUAUACGCCAAAGCGUUUGGCACGUCAAUUGCUGUAGUCCCAAUCUCAACGGCGGAGGCGGUUGGGGAGUUUUCAACUCCCUAUUCGGAUGGCAGAAUAGCGCCACUUUGGGAAGCGUACUCUCGUACAACCUCUACUGGCUCGUCGUCAUUGUUGCAUUCCUGGCGAUGCGGUACAAUGAGCAGACAGGUCAUUGGCCAUUCGUGAAGGCGAAGAACCCGGGAAGCGAGACCAGCAGCCAGCAAGGAGGCGUCUCUGAGACAUGUGUUGAGGGCAAGAGCCAUGGUGACGAAGUUCUGUCGGCGAACGUCCGCGAGAUCCACAAAUGA